UUGGUUUCCGUUCCAAAGUUCUCUAUAAACCAGUAGGCAACGAACUCUCCACGGUAGCCGGACGAAAGAAAAACCUUCCCAGUCCAUUUGUUUCUCCACCUGAAACGAGUGCCGUUUUCAUUUCUAUUCGAACUCGACUGCACAAAGGGAACCUGUUGAUUAUUACGAUGGCGGGCUCAGGCUACUAUUACGAACUACCAGUUCCACGAGGAAAUGUCGCCAACUACGGCGGUCUCAAUGGAAACAUCUACGGUCCUCCUCCGCCGAUGCCCUACACCAAUUCCAUGCAGGGCAAUUACAUGCAGGCACCGGGUUGCCGAGGAGCCGUCCCGAGAGUUGCUAAUCAUUUUCCGCAAUCGAUGUUUGCUCGAGAGAGAGACGGAUAUCUACGAGAUAGACUUGAUGAAGACGAUGAUGAAGACAUUGAACCUGUCAAUACUCAGAAAGACAGACCCCGUCGUAAUCGAGCUUCGAAAUUGGAUGAUGACGACGAAGAAUUUGAACCUGUCAAAAUCCCGGUUCGUUCGCGCCACACUCGUGCGUCGUACUUGGAUAGUGAUGACGACAUUGCACCCGUCAAGACUACCGGUACCGCGACCAGGGCGCGCUACAGUGCCGCUUCGUGUUUGGAUGAUGAUGCUAACGCAGAACCCGUCAUGAAACUAGAGGAUAUCGAAGAAGAUUUACGUAAAUUGCGUGAGGCGACUUCGUCAGUGCUCAAUCGCUUCGCCACGAAGACUAACACCCAACCCUCUACUCGUUUGUCUCGUUUCUUUUCGAGCUAUCUGAACGAUGAUAAGGAUUACGAGAAGAGAAGCUCGAGUUACAGCUCUGAUAGCUACAGUCCUAGCUACAGCAGCUCGUAUGCCAGGCCGUCGUCGAUAAAGCCGGUCGACUCUUCAUCUUACGAUCCGCCCGUCUACGAUAAGCGCUACUCAAUGUACUUGUCUAGCCGUUCCACUAACAAGGAUUCGGAUUUGGAAAAAGACGCAGCAGGAAAAUCUGAUCGAGGACCGAUCCCGCAGGCAACAGCAGAACCGGAGUCGUAUUCGAGACGUAGAACACCAAGGGCUUCAGCUUCAAGCGACGAUAACAGCAAAAUCAAUUCACGAAUUGCUGUCAUGUCCAAAUACAUUCUUUCAAAGAAUAAGACAAAAAAUUAAAUAAACGACAAAGACGAAUACAUUUUUUUCAUAGAUG